CCACGUGCAUCUAUGUCUAUGGAAACAUUCAGCCAUAACCUCGGUUUUCAGAGAAAACCUCUGAAUAAAUGCGGAUAUACUUAUUAAUUUAAUUAAAUUAAAUUAAUUUUUUUUUAACGGAGAGUUCUUCAAUUUAACACACGUGUGUCCAAAGCUCUACGAAGAUGCCGAAGACGUCAGCAAUAACGAAACGCCCUCGCAAAGAGGGCUUCAACCGUUCAGGGCACAGUAUGAACCCAGAACGUUCGACAGAGGGUCUAAAAGGCGUCGCCAAGGUUCGUACAAAAGCAACGAUCAAGCGUCUCCAAAUGUACCGAUGCUCCAAAGCGAAACGCGACAAAACAGGUAAAAUCCUAACACCAGCGCCAUUUCAAGGCUGGCAUCCAUCCGGAACGAUGUCCAGGGUGGAGCCUUCGCAGCGUUGGUUUGGCAACUCCCGGGUGAUUUCGCAGAAUGCUCUUCAAAAAUUUCAAACCGAGUUGGGUGAAGCUAUGAAGAAUCCAUACCAAGUGGUGAUGAAGCCAACGCAGCUCCCAGUGAGUCUCCUAGAGCAGAAGGCAGUCCAGGCAAGAGUUCACUUACUGGACACCGAGAGUUUUGAGAAGACCUUCGGCCCCAAGAAGAAUCGCAAGCGCCCGAACUUGACAGUCUCCUCGUACGACGAACUCCAGAAGGUCGUCGAGGAGAGGGUGGAGACCUACAGCAAAGACAAAGACACCAAAGACACAGAUCUAGUUCGUCCAGACGAGGGUGUGAGGGACGCAGCUCGUGACUGGGUGAUGGCUGCAGGCCAGAGCAAAAGGAUCUGGAAUGAGCUGUACAAAGUCAUCGACUCCUCAGAUGUCGUCCUCCAGAUCCUCGACGCCAGGGACCCCAUGGGCACACGAUCACCUCCCGUCGAGAAGUAUCUUAAGGAGGAGAAAGCCCACAAACACCUGAUAUUCAUUCUUAACAAAGUGGACCUCGUGCCGACAUGGGUAACACAGCGCUGGGUAUCAAUCCUCAAUCGUGAAUACCCCACAGUGGCCUUCCACGCAUCCCUCACCCAUCCUUUCGGCAAGGGUUCGCUUAUCAACCUCCUCAGGCAAUUCGGCAAACUCCACACGGACAAAAAGCAGAUCAGCGUGGGCUUCAUUGGUUAUCCAAACACUGGUAAGAGCUCCAUAAUCAACACUCUCCGGUCUAAGAAGGUGUGCAAAGUAGCGCCCAUUGCGGGCGAGACCAAAGUCUGGCAGUACAUAACUCUGAUGAAACGAAUUUACCUCAUUGACUGCCCCGGGGUUGUCUAUCCAUCUGCCGAAACCGAUACAGAAAAGGUUUUGAAGGGUGUGGUGAGGGUGGAACUCGUGCAAAACCCUGAUGACUACGUUGAGGCUGUGCUGCAGCGUGUCAAACCCGAGUACAUAAGGAGAACUUAUAAAGUCGAGGAGUGGGAGGGUCAUGUGGAUUUUCUAGAGAAACUCGCCCGCAGAUCUGGGAAAUUGUUGAAGAAAGGCGAGCCUGACACUGGGGCCGUUGCCCGCAUGGUUUUAAAUGAUUGGCAACGUGGCAAGUUGCCCUUCUUCGUUGCACCAGUUGGUUAUGAGGCGCCUCAUUCCUGUUCCAAUAGUGUCGACGUGGAGGCUGAAACUCCACUGACAACUCAGGAACGAGAUUCCGGGGGGGAGGUAAUUGGCGGGGAAAUUAAUGGGGAGAGCGAGAAACGAGUUGGUGUUGUACAGGACUUUAGGAAAAUUCGGGUUGCUUUGAGUUAUUCUGGGGAUGAUGUUAGAAAAUUGGAGGGCAUUCAAUUGGAUAAUGAUGAUGAUGAUGACGAGGAUGAUGAGAAUGAUGGGGGGAUGGCGGACGGUCAAGGGGAUGGGGAGAGUGAUCUCGUGGAAGGGGGUAAUGAGGGUAACGAGGGUAGUGAGGAGAUUAAUGAUAAGGAGAAUGGGGGAGAGAAGGAUGAGCAGAAGGUCGAAAGUAAAGAAGUUAAGGACAAUCUCAUGCAGAGUGUCUUUGACGCACUUCCUGAUGAAGAUUUCUCCUCGAGCGACGAAGAACCGGCGAACACAAUCACAUCCGCAAGCGGUGCCUUUCAAGUUAUGUCGGCAGUCUCUGAGAAACUUGGGAAAAUUCUCACUAGCAAACAGAAGAGGAGCAUCGAGCGUGCUAAUAAGCGGAAGAAGAUUGGCUCGAACUUCUAUGAAGUUACUAAUGUUAAAAAUCGUAAUCGCAGCAGGAAAGUGCCGAAGGUGAAGAGGACUUAGGGAUUUUACAAGUUCUACACCGCUCUUCUUCAUAUCAAUUUGAAGGAGAGAAGAAAAACAUGAAAAUGAUCGUAGAAUGGCUGAAAAUAGGGGGAUGAUGAUUGGCAUCGGCUUCCGUGAAGUUUUAAUGUUAAAAAAACGUGAUUGGGACGAGCAGGUAUCAAGGGAAAAAGGAAUUAGGGUUUUGGAAGUUCUACGCAGCAAUUUUUGGUAUCGAUUUGACGCAGUGGAGAAAAACAAGAGGGAAAUUAUCACAAAAUGGCGUGCCAACUUCCGUCGGGGGGGGAGUUUAACGAUUUUUCCUCUAUUUUUUUUUUAUUUCCGCUUUCCCUUGCCCCUACUUUCGUGUGAAAUUGGGUAACACGGAGUAAGGACUUUUACGUCGAAACUUUCGGUAUCGCGAACACGAACUACUUUUAUAUGGGGCAUGGGGUGUGUGGGUGCUGUUUAAAUCCGUAUGCGGAUGAGAAUGGGCGAGAAAAGCCAUCUGGAAUAUUCGUAGAGGGGAAUGAAUACGAAAAGCUUAACGAUCGCUUCCUCAUCUGCACUCAUUUGAAAUCACCAACAAAGAGAAGUCGUAAAAUGUAUCGUUAGCCCUGCCCUCUGAAAUCUCCGGGUUUAGCAAACAAUCAAAGAACUUGAAUCCCGUUCGCCGGGUUUCUGCAUCGGAAGGGAAAAUUCUGGUAAAAAAAAUAUAUAUAAAAAAUGGUGGAUGACCCGUUAGACAGGUAUACGAGGGUGGCGUUUUUUCUUCUCAUUUUUUUUUUUCAUUUUGCCGGCGUCAGAGUGUGGGAACUUGAACCCUCCUGCCUUAGCAGUCUCUUCUAUAUUUAAAGCCAGUGAAUGUAUUUUUGUAAGGGAAAAACGCGCCCUCGAGCUGUGCACCAAGAUCAACUAACACAUCUAAAACCUCUAUAAAACGCGAAUGGAUUUCGGGCUCGAUCCGAUUGUACUGUACAGGUAUCUUUACGAUAUUUACAGAAAGUUCUUAGCACUUGGGAGAAUGUGAGGGAUUCUAUGAGAUUUAGGGCAGAUGGUCAAUGCCAUGUGAAUAAAAAUCAUUUUUCUUUUAUUAA